GGGCAUUUCACAAAUUCAAGUUCACAAAUGCAAGGCGACCCUGUUAAAUGUUUAUGUUCGUUGCCGAGCGGCGCUAGACUCGGCAGGCUAACCCCACUUAAAGGUACCGUGUUAGGUACUUUAUCAACGGGUACCUACCACUUAUUACCUAAGGUAUCAACUCAACUUUUUUAUCAAAAGGCUACUACUAAAAGUAAGAUAAAUACCUAGAUUUAAACCUUUACAUACUUCUCAUAAAAGUCGACGUCAUGAAAUUAUAUAUAUUAUAACUUAUAGGUAUCCUCCAUAUCUUCAACGGGCAGUUCUUCAGGUUUCUAGAAGCAUGAGUUACUUGUAACCCAUAGCGUUAACUAAUAACGCGCGAUAAGAUACUUGGUAACUAGUGCAUACCAGGUACCUAAGACGCGCUUUUCGAGGUCCAACUAUUUCCCAUUUCAGCAUUUCCACUUGUCAUCCUUUUGCUAGUAAAUUUUUAUUUUUAUUCUUAACAUCGACCUCGUCUUUUUAAAUCAAUUCUUAGUGAAUCUUGGGCGCAUUCUUCUACCAAGGAUUUUUGGAUUACAUUCUCGUUUCUUUGGCUCUCCAAGCCAAUCGCUAUGUACGGCAAGCAACGAUUAAAAUCUGAAAAGAAAUCUAUCGAGCCUGGCUCUCCGAAUGACUGACCGUCAAGUCACUGAAUCAUCUAUUGGACUCGCAGGACGCCUUUCAUAUAUACCCUAUAGACUAGGCAAGGCGGAAGAUUGCGGAUGGCAAUCCACGAGGAACUUUACUCAGAAUACAUCUGUAUUCAAAGAAGUCGGUCCCUAUAAGACAUGGUUUCCAGCUUCUAGUCCUGCUGAUGUGCCAUCUCUGGCUUCGUCAGCUACCACGUCAUGGCAGACAAGCCAGAAGCAGCAAAAAUGGUUAUUGAAAGCCCACCCUGAAGCCCAUUUGGGAAAUGAAUGCAUUCAUGACGAAUUACUGUCGUCACAUUCAUCAGACCGAUUUCAGGAGGGUGAACAACGGGAUUCGUCUCUCUUUGCCGUCGGCGAGCUAACCGAUACAAGCAAUCCGAAGAAAAUCUCCGGCGCGCCGUUAAUAGCGGUUGUUACUGGCGAAGCAAAAGAUAUCCUUCGCCUAGCCAAGCCAAGUACGGAAAAGUGGCAAUGGGGUGAUGAUGACAGCAUUUCACUACGAACUUCGGAUAUGACGGAGACAGAUGAGUCUAUUCUUUACCGAGAGGAAGAACUUACCGGGCCCAUUCGCCGUCUGAAGGCUGUCGUCGACCCGAAAAGGUACGAUCCGACGCGCUGGAUCGUCGUCCAAAGGGACUCCGGUACUCGAAUAUUUCGACCUGAGUACCGCAGGACGCCGACGAUAUCCAAUUACACCAACGUGGAAACACAUUCUCGUAUUGCCGCAAAUCCAUCAUUCUCCCUCUCAAAAAGCCAGACUGGAGGGAGUCCACAUUCAGAUACGUCCUUCAACCCCGGUGUUAGGUCAAAGCCGCCUCAGUUUGGACUCAUCGACGAAUGUGGAUUUUGGAGUAUCUGGGAUGUCGUUCAUAUUAGAGUCAAAACUAGAAAACCGCGCGUGAGCCUUAGCAAAUGUGGCCAUAUCGAGAAAGGUGUUUUGAGUCAUUUGCCCUCUGGAGGUGCAGGGACGGCGCAAUGGCACAAGAUAUUGUGGGUUGGCUACCUAGGGAGCUUGGAAGAAUCGCAGGCCUUCGAUUUUGAGGACGACGAUGAUGUUCCUGAAGUCCAAGGAUCUUUCCCACAGCUUGCACGAUCUUCAACGUUGCUUUUAUGCAAUUCGAAGUUGCUUAGGCUGCUAGAUCUCACAAAUAAUACCUUUCUCCCUGAUCUACCACUUUUGGCGGAAAGAGGUCGAGAUUCCAUUCUGGACGUGCAUACAAAUCCACAAGAUGCUCAAUAUAUUUUCGUUCUGACUACAUCGAAGUUAUUGGUGGUUAGAAUAUACUCAACCCAAGGGCAGGAUUGGGGUGAGGUACGAAAAAACGCUGCUAUUGUACUCUCAGUCUCUCACUUCAGAGAUAACUUCGACCAAGGCUCCAAGCUUGCGGUUACUCCAGGUACUACCUCGUCUAGAUAUAUCACUUCCCUGGUUUCCAUAUACUCUCGAAACAACACUCAGAUUGACUUCUAUUGUAUGAAUAUGCUGAAAAAGAACCCUUCUAGGGUCUCCUAUCAUCGCGAGACAGUUUCCUUGGAUGCCAUUCAUCGCCCAUCCCCAGGGAUGGCUCCCCAGAGUAUAUGUCUUCAUCCCGCGCCAAUCAUUUUGAAACCUCUGACCACGCCGAGUGCGUUUGCGCAGAGCCUUGUCCGACAAGAGAUUAGGUUUUACCAAUUUUUCUCUAUGAGGAGAGACACAAGUCUCGUCGUUACCCUCUGCGCGUCUGCAUCCACGUUUCCAAUUAGCCAGGUACAGCCUCCAAACUACAAAAUAUCUCAAAUUCAAAACUCGUCCAAAGAGAGGAGAAAAUUAUUGAAAUACAUGACGUCCCAUUUCGUUGUACCAGACGAUAUCGGGGUGCAUAGUCAUGAAGACAGAAACCUCCGGGACAUCAACAAAAGAUUUCGUCCGUGGCCGGCCAUACGAAGGCCCCUUGGAAUGUUUUACGAGUACGUCUGUACGGCUUUUACUCGCCGGGUUAAUGGAAAUGAAGAACAAUCGUCUGGGGAAGCCCCUGGCUCUAAUCCGUUCGACUACGUUCGUUUUGUUGUCGAGCGUGCUAUUAGGGAUGGAACUAUGUCUGCCACUACUCUUUUCGGAACGAUGGAAGACUUUGCAUUGCCGACCGAUUUGAGCCACGCGGCUGCCGAAUGGGACUUCGAAAUAGAACAGCUCGGGCAUAUUGACCCUGAUAUGACAUUGGUAGCAUUGAAGCGGCCCUUCAACCAGGUUACCGAGCCAGCAAAUUCGCUAUACGAACUCUUUUCUGCCUUUCUCAACUUGGCAGCCAGCUCUGGUCUAAGUCAAGAGAACCAAAGCCCGAUUCAAGAAGCGAGGUUCGCUGUAUUUCGGCAGAUGGCAUGCGAUGUUUACUUGUCACUCUUUGGGUUAGUUCAUCGCCAAAUAGAGUCGAGGCAAAGUCAGCGAUCCCUCACGGAGGAACUAGAGAGCAUGGCCAUCGAAAGCCAGUCAGGAAGCCGAAUGGGGAGUGUAUCGAGAUCACAGUCCGAGGUGCCUACGUCAGAACCAGAUACGCCGAGAAUAGAAAGCCAGGGAGAAGAUCCAGCCAUGGCCCUUUUGAGGUCGUAUACGGGUACGGGCAAAUAUGUACCAGCGAAGCGUACAAUGCUUCUGGACAAAUGGGAAGUCGGAGCGAAUCCUGAUACAUAUGUGUUUGAUCUCGAGAGAGAUAAAGAGGUGACUCCCGGGAUGCAGAAGAGAAUAAAGCAGCUAGCUCGUGAGAAUCGGAAAAGACGCAGGGCAGAAACGCUUCUUCAGAUGCACAAGGAUAAAGAACCAACUCUGCCAGCUACCCAACCGGCGCCAGAUUCUCGCUUCUUCAACCAGCAUAGCCAGUCGGUCGCAUUUUCUUCGCAGACCCAGGCUUUGAUGUCGGACCCGUUGCAGACUAUGUCUCAGCCAAUACCGGGUGUUUUCGGUCGAAGAGAAGAGCGGCCGAAGAAAAAGGUGAAGAAGCGGAAAGGAGGGUUCUGAUGUGUCGAAGCUACCUGAUAUAGAAGUCAUAAGGCUACAAUAAACGUAUCAGAAAUAUGUGUUUCAAAAUGUCUAGAAGACGAAUCUGUGCUACUUUAGUGUCAGCUAUAUGUUAGUAUGUUUACUGAGAGCUGCAUGUUAUACGUUUUAAGGUCAAGUCGUUAUGAUAUGUGGUACAGUUCAUGUGAAAUUAACUACAUACGAUUAGGACUGGAGAAAAGGGGUUAUCAAAUAGGUACCUUAGAUAUGGUUGCCUAUAUGUAUUAACAAAAUAAGCAUAAGAAACUGGCAGUUUCGGAUUCAAAGCGUGAUAUAAACUUUGCAUCUUCAGAUAUUGGCCAUACACAGUACAUUUUAGACUAUAAUAUAAUGCAC